UGCCUACAGGAGUAGGACAGAUUGAUGCGGAUUGAAGGCCAGUUGGGGUAAAGCCAGUCCUACCCAGUGAGUCAAUCAUUUGCAUCCACUCUGAAGACUUGCAAUUUGUUCAUGUCAGCUGAACGAGUAAACAUCAUAUCCUCAUCUAAACACCGUAACACAACGAGUCAUACACAGAAACCUUUUUUCUUUCAAGGCAAGCAUUCUAGUCAAGUCGAGAAAACCCAACAAUUAUCUCAGUUGAUGUGCUCUGGCGCCCUCCUCCCCUUCAGGCCGCCUUGCGAACUACUCUUUUACAGUCGGCUGAAAACUGUAUGACUGCAGCUGGAGAGACAUUAACUGUCUGCCACACAGCGAACAAGAGCGUCGUUCUUGUAAUUUUAGCUUCGAGCCACGGAAUAAAAUCUUUCCACGGUUGCCUGGGUGUGUGGAGAGGUUGGGCCUGGCUUCUGGUCUGGCUGCUUCAUCGCAACAGGCACGAGAUCCAAACAAGUAAAGCGAAUCAUUUUAUCAAAAGGCCUGAAACUCCUUUCACCAUGGAUCAGCAUCACGACUUAAACUCCAGCCUGGACGACCACGCCGCCCUCCAGUUGAACUCCGGGGAGACCAUGGCCUCGGCCGACCUGGCCAACAUGACGCUGAAGGAGCCCCAGCAUCAGCAGGAGGCCAAGAAGCCUAACGGGGUGCAAGACGAGCCUGGGCUGAAGAAAGCGACAGGAGGGGCGACGCCUACUGGUCAAGAAGAGCUCGCUGCGUCGCUAUCACCCACGCCUGGAGGUCUCAGUCCCGCCACAGAGAGCGGUCGCAGUAGCCAGUCAGGCUUUGUCGAUGGAGGGAGCGAGGACGGGGAGAGGGCUGAGCCGGUCAGCCCCAAAGCAUCUCCUGUAGCGCCUGAAGCCCCUGCUGAAAGGGACACGUCUGGGCUUUUCUCCCCUGACUCCCUGGGAUCUGAGCAGAAGAGAAGCCAAUCUGACAAGGUCUCUGUGGACCACAGUCUGAGUGGUUCUGAGUCUGAAGAUGAAGAUGAGAAGGACGUAUGUGAGAACAAGGAGGCUCCUACCUCGGUCUACGAGGACAGAAUCAGCCCGGAGGAACCUCAGAACCUUUCCUUUACAGAGAAGGAUGUAUAUGAGAGCAAGGAGGCUCCUACCUCGCUGUAUGAGGACAGAAUCAGCCCUGAGGAAUCUCACAACCUUUCCUUUACAGAGAAGGAUGUAUAUGAGAGCAAGGAGGCUCCUACCGCAGCCUACGAUGUCAGGGUCAGCACGGAGAAGCCUCAGAGCCCUCUCUUCACUGAGAAAGAGGCAAGUAAAGAGCAAGAGGAUGAAGAAAAAGAGGAGGAUAGUGACGAAGAAGAUGAUGAAGAGAGAAUAGAAGUGUCAACAAUCCGCAGGAGGCCGCGGCGUGAGCCCAGCUCUGAAGAGGAAGAGCAGGAAAAAGUGGAAUGCCGUCCUCCUGUAGUAAUUCCUGUUGCUUUGACCCCAGAGGAAGCCAAACAGCGUGUCCUGUCGUUUGACUACACAGAGCCCCAGGGACAAUCCAUGGGUCAGGGCGUCCCUGCCAAGUGGCAGAAUGGAGUGGACAAGACCUCCCCGGAAAGCAAGAGUCCUGACUCCAACAAGGCUGAUCUUGGAUCUCCCUUCUCCCCCAGCACAGUUGUUGACCGGACCCAGGACGAGUCUCUCCUUACUGAGCAACAACCAGACGCCUGCGACGAGGAGGAGCUAAAGGAAAAAGAGGUGCAGGAAAUAGCUAGUCCUUCACCCAUAACUGCUACACCACCGGAGGAUAUUGAGCCAGUCCAGCUCCAUGAUGAGCCCACGAAGACAAACCAGCAGGAGUCCGCAGAAAAAUACCUGGAGACCUCAGACGAGGAUGCCAUCGCAGCGGUUUCGGCAGCCCAGUUGGUGACCAAUGACAAGCCUGGGCAAGCCAAGCCGGCAGUCACUAAGCCCAUGGAGCUGCCUGACGGUGGGCCCGAAGGUGAUGCCCAGAGGAGUGCCACCAUAGCAGCCAAAGGCCCAGUCAGGAAGGAGAAGAAAGUGGCCACUACCACUGCUGCCCCUCCCCCCAAGACCGCAGCCGUUAAAACUCAAAAAGCAACCCCAAAAGGUGCCGCCUCACCGGGCAGAAAAGCAAAUGCUACGGGGGCCGUGCUCAAAGUCAAAGCCGGUGCAGGAGCUGGGAAGGAUGCAUCUGACAAGAAGACCCCAAAAGCUACCACUACUGCCAAAGCAUCCACCCCCAAACGCCCCUCAUCGGUCCAAACCGUCCCCAACAAACAGCCUUGGUCCUCUUCCUCGGCCCCAGUCUGCAACACUAGCAGGCCCAGCUCAAUAUUCAAACCCAGUCCAAGCAGUGCAGGAGCCAGAGAACCUAGGUCAAGGCCCGGAGAUGGGAAGACCCCCAGUUCCAAGACACCAGGGGCUAAACCACAUGGUUCUGGGUCGAAGGCACAGGCCAAGACCACUGCUGGAGUGGAUUCUCCCAAGACACCACAAGACCGUAGCGGCUACAGCAGCCCCAGCACGCCCAAGUCCCCCGCUAGCCGGGAGGUGAAGAAGGUGGCUGUGGUGCGCACCCCUCCUAAAUCGCCUGCGUCCACCAGGGGGCGCACUCCAGCCCCUCUGGCAGCCCCGAUGCCAGACUUGAAGAACGUCCGGUCCAAGAUUGGCUCCACCGAGAACAUCAAGCACUCGCCGGGUGGAGGACGGGUUCAAAUUACUCACAAAAAGAUUGACCUAAGCAACGUGCAGUCAAAGUGUGGAUCGAAGGCCAACAUUCACCACAAACCAGGUGGAGGCAAUGUGGAGAUUAAAUCUGAGAAAUUGGACUUCAAGGUUCAGUCCAAGAUUGGAUCAUUGGAAAACGUUGGCCAUGUGGCAGGAGGAGGCCAGAAGAAGAUUGAAAGCCACAAACUGAGUUUCCGCGAGACGGCGAAAGCCCGCACCGACCACGGAGCGGAGAUCGUCCCCGUGGAGAUCAUCACAGGUGGCUCACCCUCCCGUCUCCGCAGCAACGUGUCCUCCCCCGGCAGCCAGAACAUGACGGAGACGCCGCCACUGUCCACACUAGCGGACCAAGUCUCCGCCUCCCUCGCCAAGCAAGGCCUGUGAUUCGACCACGUUGCCCCACCCCCCCCCAAAAAAGAGCAUAUUAGGUUACCAAGGGAACCAACCGCGUGAUUAAAAUUAGAGAAACCAAGAUGAAAAGAAACACUGCGCUCAGCCUCUCCCUACUUCCGUGAAAUUCAAAGUCGUUCGCUGGAUUUGUUGACCGGGGAUAUCCGCCAGUGCAAAGUGGUCUAUUAAUGAUCAGCUGUUUAUGGUCUUGAUAGGCAAGCAGACAUAAAAACAUUAAAGUGAAAGCUUAGGAACAGUAUUCUGUUUACCCAAACACACGCCCAUGCCUUCUUAUAAUGACACUUACCCUACCUAGUCAACAGGUGUUGUGCGAUCGAUUGGGCGGCUCACACAAACCUCUGUGCCCGUUGCUUUGCGCGUUGCCAUGUUGUCAAUUCUUUUAUUUGUUAAUAUAGGCCUUAAAAUGUGAUGUGGCCUAACUGAAAAGGGUUCAGCGCUAGGAAUGUGCAGGCUGGUCUCAGGAGAAUAGAAACGAUUACACUUAAAAUGUUUGACAACCGAAUAAGUAACAUGUCACAUUACUUUAGGGUACAUCCCGGCCACUGGGGGCAGUGGUGAGCACAUUUGGAGUUAAAUAGUGGCCCCUGACAUUCGCUCCAGUGGUUGCAUCAACCCAGGUGUUUUUUGUGUUUGUUUUCUAACCGUAACCUUAACCCCAGUACCGUCAUAAAUAACCCUAACCUUUUUUUUGUUUUUUGUUUAACCAUAACCUAAUGUUAACCGUAACCCCAGUACUGUGAUGCCAAACGUUAAUACUAAUCCUACGACUAAUUUAUACUAUAUCAUAUGUUUAAAGUCGUAAGAUAUGAUACAUUUUAGUAGUAGUCGUAGCAUAUACGUUUUUGCAAACGAGUAAAUUAUACGAUUCAGUAGGGCAUUGUAAUGUAUCCAAACCUAAUGUAACAUAUCAUAUGAAUUCAGCUGUCACACAUUUUUGUAUACUAAGUUGAGUAUUUGCCUGAGACCAGGUUGCAAUGUGACUGUAAUACACAAUUUAGGUCCAGUGCCAAAAGACAGCUGCCUCUUCUGCUUAAAUCACUUCGAUAUUCCCUAGUUGAAAUCCACGAAGAUAUAUUUACAGAGUCCAAAAUUCAAACAUACUUCUCGUGAGUAGAUAAGUUACCGUAAUUUUAUGAAUUGCGUGUAAGAAAGAUGAAUAAACUCUACAUUUGAUAAAAUGUCACAUUGCUUGUGUUAUUGACAAAUAAAACGUACACGAAAACGACUAUCACUUAAAGUCCAUUAACCAAUUCAGGUGGAGUUAAAUAAAGACCUUUGUCUAGAUCAAAACACUUCAAGGGGAUCCCUUUGAUGUGAUUCAACGAUAUUGAUGAUGUAAAGUUAAAAGCUUAUUUGUAUGUGUAUGGUGUAGUCUACUUGCAGGCUUAUUGGCUUUUAUCACCUAUCCUCGGUUUAGGAAAUCCAUUCAUAUUGGGAAUAUAUGGAAUGAACCCGAGUCAUAAAACAUACAUCGUAGCUGCCAUGAGUUAAGAAGUGCCUAUCUCUGGUUUUACGAUCCAACACUAAUAUCUAGUCAACAUUACAAAACAACUCAUUCGUUUCACUGGCCGGCCGAACAUAGUGUUUCACGAUUGCAUUGUAAUGCCACCAGAAAAAUAAGAUCACACAUGCCCGAACAAUACUCUCCAUUUUCCCUGCAUGAAAUUCUGAAGCCUGAUCCAUAUGUCGCAUCCCGACUAUACGCUCCUCCCCAAGCGGGCACUUGCUAACCUCUGAACUGAUCCGACCCCCUUCUCAGAAGCUCCUACACGGCGCUACUCAAGUUUAGAAUUUUAACAACGGUAAAUAUUUCUUCGAGCACGAUUUCCCCCCCAAAAAACGCUGUCGAUCAAAGCUUAUGUUUCGCACUUUCUUCCUUACUAAUAGCCUUGUAGUGUGGAUGUAAUAUGUAUUAAACUCAUUUAAAACGAAUGCUUUUAGACGCACCUGCUGAACAGACCCUGCUACUAUUUAUUUUAUAUAUCGUUUUUAUACUCCUCUCCCUCGUCGUGCUCGUUCUUAUUUUCGUGAGGGAGUUUUUACACACUGAAUUUGUCAAGCUGACCCGCUGCAUAGUCAAUUCCAUCUGGCUGGUUUUGCUUCUCAUUCCUCAUGAUAUACCAUUGCAAUACGCCAAGCGGUGUUUAGCAGAUUGUAUAAGGCUACAUUGCGAAGAUAAAACAAAUCUGUCCAAUUCAUUAUGGCAUAUCAACUUGGAUACUGAUAAUAAAUGUCUGCUCAACAUCGUCUCCCAUUGUAACCACAUCAGAAAGGGUUAGGAGUGGUCAAUGAUUCUGAAAGGAAAAAUAUAUGAACCUCUUUAAGUGUUUUCCUUUUUCCUGUAAUAUGGCCGAGGCACAGUUAUAUUUGCUGUGAUGAGGGGGAAGACAUCUGAUGAAAGGGUUUUACGUAGGCCUAGGUCUUAACAUGUCAUUAAUUCAAUUUAACAAAUAAGAACACGUGGAAGAGACUUCGGGGCUAGUAGUGUAGUAAAUUACUUUUGUCCUCUUGAAACCAGGACCAAUGAGUUCUUGACCCCUCCCUCCAUUAACUGUGUCCAGUUCUGUUUCUUCUUCUCUGUUUGCAGUUUUAGCUUUACAGUUGUAAUUGGCCUUAUUGUAAUGUGUUUUUUUUUUUUUAUUGGUUUACACUAAUAAUACUUGUUGCUGUAAACGUGGGUUCAGAAAUAAAGUCGGUAUUGGAACAGCAAUUACGUUGUUUUUAUUUUCCCUCAUUUUCCCUUGUGAACACACUGAGCUAUACAUCACAUUUUAUCACAUAAAUACAGACUUGGUAGACCUGGUGUUUAAGGUUUUAUACAUGUAUAAAGAGGUCUGCAGAGGUCUGGACUCUGGACAUGAGAGGUCACAGUGGUUUCCAGGUCUACAUAUUCAUAAAUGUUUUCAAGCUCCAGGCUACAGCUUGUGAAUGAAACAUGCUUUUAAUUGGAAACCGAUCCGGAAGCCUAAAAAAGAGGAAAGGUGAGAAUACAAACCCUCGAAAGUCAUAGUGAACCCACAAGACCUUAGAGAAACACGAGGACAACCAAAGUUUGAUACAAUAUAAUUCACUUUUAUUUUGAGAAGCACAAACGCUGCCUGCCUGUCGGAUUUGUCAAUCAUCCAUAAACUUUUUUGUUUUGUUUUUGCCUCUGCAUAAAGAAAAGUGUUAAAUAUUUUGUCGUGUCUUCUCCCUAUACAAUCAGGACAGCUACAGCCUGAACAUCAAACACAGUUAAGAAUCAAACAAAGUAUUUACAAAAUAUACUCUUUUUUUUUUU